AUGGCGAUCAAAGCCUCCACCGGAGUUUGCAAACCCUCCGAACUAGCCCACCUCGUCCUCCGCACAGCCAACCCCGAAAAGCUAGUCUCCUUCUACCAAACCUUCCUCGAUGCAAAAAUCACCGCCUCAAGCCCCCUCAUCACCUUCCUCACAUGGGACCACGAGCACCACCGCCUCGCCAUCCUCAACGACCCCACCGCCGUCCCGCGACAGGACAACACCGUCGGCAUGGACCACUUCGCCCUGACCUUUGACUCUCUCGGCGACCUGCUGCAGUCUUACAAGGCUCGCAGAGAUCUGGGCAUUGAACCUAUUUGGUGCGUCAACCACGGCAUGUCGACUAGUAUGUACUACCGCGAUCCGGAUGGCGGCAAGAUCGAGACGCAAGUAGAUGUCUUCGUGACGAAGGAGGAUGCUGUUGCGUACAUGAUGAGCGCGGAGUUUGGAGAGGAUCCCAGGGGGCCGAGGUUCGACCCUGAGGAGAUGGUCAAGAGGUUUGAGGCUGGUGAGGAUGAGAAGAGUUUGAUGAAGAGGACGGCUUUUGCGAAGGAGGAGGUGAAGGUAUGA